AAGACCAUCAUACGAUGAAUACCGUAACCAAUCGAACUGAAUCGGCGUUAUGUGUCAUUUCGAUGAACCUUCUAUCUUCCCAACAACCUGCUCAAAAACAAACUUUUGGGGAAACCAUUUUGAUUCUUUUCCGUUGGAAGGGAAGUAUUUACAAGACGAUCUGGAAGCAGAUGUUGGUGUACUGCGUUCUUUUCUAUUCGUUGACAAUAGUGUACAAGGUUGGUCUUGACGAAGAAGGCAAAAUAGCAUUCAGGGCGCUGGCCAAAUAUUUUUCCAAACAAACGGGUUCCCUAAAUCUCAUGAUAAUGUUGGGGUUCUUUACGACAACAGCCAUGCAACGUCUAUUCACGAUGCAUACAGCUAUGCCUGGAACGGCAAAACUCGUCUCAUUUUUCCUGAUGUCGAUCAAACAAGAUUUACCUGAAGGUGCCGUUCUUGUUGAGCAGUUCGCACGGUGGGCGGUCCUUUCUUGGGUACUAACUUAUCGUAUCGUCAGCAAACCGCUUCGGGAUUUAUUUCCGGACAUGGUAUCACUUCAAAGAGCAGGUUUGAUUCGAGAGAACGAGAGGUAUCUUCUAGACAGGGUAGAGCCCAUUGCCGCGAACACGACACCACGCCCUCUACUGCCCAUCGACUGGAUGCUUCUGUUGGCAAGGGAUUGUGCAACUGAAAAUCGUUACCCCGAUAAAGGCAAUUACGUCAAACUCCUUGAUUUUAUCUUGGGCUUCAAGAAAAGCUGUGGUAACACAAUAAAGUUUGCAACCAAAAAUCUUCCUCACGCUCUCAUUCAGGCUGCGAUAAUAUUCGUCUACGUUUAUGGGCUGAUCACGCUGAUGUCGCGUAAUUUUGAUGGAGCAGAGAAGGACGUGUUUUUGGAAGGAUUUGUAAGUUACGUCCCCGCAAUGCCCAGCUUACAGUUUUUCAUUUUCCUUAUUUGGCUUAAUUUUGGCCGCACCGCGGUCAAUCCUUUCGGAAGUGAUGACGACGAUAUCGACGUCCAACAACUGUUAAAAACUCACGUUCAGGACUCCCUUCGGUUGGCAAGCCUCUAUAAUAAAGAAUUGGAUGACAUUUUCGACAACAUGCCAUAGAGAAUCAUACCAUAGAGAACUAACACAACACACACACAGAAUAGUUAUUACAAUACCGACAAAGUGGUGUUUUACCCGACCAAAGCAUCUCUAAUUAAACACAUUAAUCACUUUCAUUCGUAAUUUUCCAUUAAUGACGAACGAUUUGAAUGGAAACGCCAUAUGUGUUAUGCAUCUCAUUGGCUCACGGAAUGUUGAAGUAAAUACAAAAAUAAUUGUGCUGUUAGUAUUUUUGAUGUUAAAGCGCUAACUCACAAACAUUAUGUCCAAUAAACUUUACUGUUAA